CAGUGUGACAGAAGUGGGGCGUGAUAAUUCGCUCUUGCUGAGUCGCCUCGGUGGCUGGAUUCGGUCUUUUCCGGUGCUGUAAACGCUGGCAGCACGUGCGUUACCGUCAUGGCGCUCUAUAACUUUAAAAAGAUUAUGGUGGUCCCCACUGCAAAGGACUUCAUUGACCUGACGUUGUCCAAAACCCAGCGCAAAACCCCUACUGUAGUUCACAAGCAUUAUCAGAUUCAUCGCAUUCGCCACUUCUAUAUGCGCAAGGUUAAGUUCACGCAACAGAACUACCACGACCGGCUCUCGCAGAUUUUAACGGAUUUUCCCAAGCUAGAUGAUAUUCACCCUUUUUAUGCAGAUCUGAUGAAUGUUUUGUAUGAUAAGGAUCAUUACAAACUUGCCCUAGGUCAGAUCAACAUUGCCAAGAACCUGAUUGAUAAUGUGGCUAAAGACUAUGUGCGUCUGAUGAAGUAUGGCGACUCACUGUAUCGCUGUAAGCAGUUAAAGAGAGCAGCACUUGGACGUAUGUGCACCAUCUUGAAAAGGCAGAAACAAAGUCUGGAAUAUCUAGAACAAGUUCGUCAGCAUCUUUCUCGUCUGCCCACAAUCGACCCAAACACCAGAACUCUUUUGCUCUGUGGGUACCCCAAUGUUGGCAAGUCCAGCUUCAUCAACAAGGUCACACGUGCAGAUGUAGAGGUGCAGCCGUAUGCCUUCACCACCAAAUCUCUGUUCGUGGGUCACAUGGACUAUAAGUACCUGCGCUGGCAGGUUGUAGACACCCCUGGUAUCUUGGACCAUCCACUGGAAGAGAGGAACACAAUUGAGAUGCAGGCAAUCACUGCCCUGGCCCACCUGCGAGCCGCUGUGCUCUAUGUGAUGGAUGUGUCUGAGCAGUGUGGGCACACACUGUGUCAGCAGCUUGAACUGUUUAACAACAUUAGACCUCUCUUUGCAAACAAGCCUCUGAUUGUGGUGGCCAAUAAGUGUGAUGUGAAGAAAAUCAUUGAGCUGUCUGAGGAGAAUCAGAAAAUCUUUGCUGAUCUUUUAUCUGAGGGAAUCCCAGUGAUUGAGACCAGUACUUUGACAGAGGAGGGGGUGAUGCAAGUAAAGACAGAGGCAUGUGAUCGGCUGUUGGUACACCGUGUGGACACAAAGAUGAAGGGGAAGAAAGUACAUGACAUCCUGAACAGACUCCAUCUUGCGAUGCCAAACAAGAGAGAUGACAAGGAAAGACCACCAUUUAUCCCUGAGGGAGCAGCUCUUCGCAAAAAGGCGAUGGAGGUUGAUGCUCCUAAACGUAAAUUGGAGCGAGACCUUGAGCUAGAGCUUGGAGAUGAUUACACUCUCGAUCUGCAGAAAUACUGGGACCUGAUGAAUGCCAAUGAGAAGCAAGAUAAAAUUCCUGAGAUCUGGGAAGGACACAACAUUGCUGACUACAUUGAUCCUGAAAUCAUGAAACGAUUGGCUGAGCUAGAGAAAGAGGAAGAGCUCCGUGAACAGGCAGGGGAGUAUGACUCUAAUGAAGAGAGUGAGGAUGAAGAGAUGCAGGAAAUUCGUCAGCUGGCCAAACAGAUUCGAGAGAAGAGGAAGUUGAAGAUUCUGGAGUCAAAAGAAAAAGAUGUACAAGGACCCAGAAUGCCCCGUACUGUCAAGAAGGUGGACAAAGCAAAAUUGGAGAGAGACAUGGAAGAACUUGGUUUGGACAUGACAGACAAAGAUAAUAGCCACUAUGCCCAGCAGGCCCAGAGGUCACGUUCACUGGUUAGAAAGAGGAAGAGGGAAACAUCUGUCCAGCCAACUUCACGCACCCGUAGUCAAAGUGCAUCGAAACAACCACGUGACCAGUCAGGAAUCAGAGAUACCAAGAUGAUGAAGAAAGCAAAGACUAUGAUGAAGAACUCUCAGAAGGGGAUGAACAGGCAGGGAAAGAAGGGUGAAGCAGACAGACACAUAUUUGACUUAAAACCAAAACACCUGCUUGCAGGAAAGAGAAAAUCAGGCAGCACCAGCCGUCGAUAAACAGUCAUUUUACUAAUACUUCUGUGUGCAUGGAUGUGGAUGAAUAAGCUUAGAAAUUAGUAUCUUUGAUAUCCAGGUGUAUUGACAUACCCAGCAUCAAAUGUGCACAAUUCAUGGUGUUCUGCAGAAACUACUUCAACCAACAGUUUGGAGCUGUAUUUAAGUUCUAUGUGGAUUGGAUUUAAAUAAAUCUGCAUAAGCUGAAGAAA